AGUGGAUUCGGCUCAGCACGGGCUGUCAUGACGGCCAGGACAGAGCUGCAAUAGGACUGGAAGAUGGCAUGAAGAAGACCAUGAGGCUGACACACAGAGGUGCAACGUCCUGGAUGUGGAGCAGCCAGGUGUUAUUAUAAUCUUCAGACGGCGGAGGAAUCACCAAGAUGCCGAAUCCAGAGCUGCAUGUGAGGACUUCAGCCCUUCCUCUCUCCUGGGAACCCACCCUCCAGCCUUUGCACCGGCACCAUGGACUUCUACACGCCUCAGCCAAACCGUCGCCACAACCCAGUGGACAGCAUCUGCCGAAAGCUGCAGACCAUUCAGUGGCGUGGUGACCGUGAGCCCAAUUCACCGUUCCAGAUCCCCAAGCUCUCGUCGAGCAACUACGACAGCCCUCAGUGUGGACUGCGCCACAACCUGGAAGUGCUCUUGAAGAAGGGGUCAAAGUGUCCAGACGAAAGCGAGAACAGGAAGGAGAAAGCAAUGGGGAUGCCAGUUCCUACACCGUCGAAGAAGAACCAUCACCCGUCUGUGCCGCUUUCCAUCCCGUCCACCCCGGCGUGCACUCCUUCUGUCCCCGCCAACAUUACAUACACCAUCACCAGCACUUUGGGUGAGAGGCGAGGUGCUGACGGAAGCGAUCUCACUCAUAUAAAGACAUGGAAGAGGUAUUGCUCAACGCCCACUGGUCAGACCAAAGACAAAGAGCCUUACUUCACGUUCACACGAGGACCUCAGUCUGUGCAGCAGGACAAUGAACAACCUGACAAAACUUCCAAAUUCCAACAGACCUUCACCCCGAGCAGCAGCACAGUCUCUUAUAACCUCAAUUUCACAUCUAACGAAACAGGAAAUUUGACAGAGUACGACAUGCCAUACCCAGCUCUGGUGGUCAAGAGGCUUUCGAUGGGAGAAGCUGGAAACUCUCAAGCCAAUGACACCAGGAAGGAUACCAUGGCGGGGAUCAAUCUCAUCUGUGAGGAAAAUCUGCUGGAUACAAUAUUCCAUGCCUGCGACACACAACGACGAGGUAAAGUGUACGUGUCUCACAUCGUGGACUAUCUCCGACACACCACCAGUCGGACCUCUGAGGACAGCGGUUUGGUGGAGCUUUGCAAUAUGUUGGACCCAGAGCAGAAGGACGUGUCCAUUGACUUGGACACAUACCACGCUGUCAUGCGAGAGUGGAUCGAAGACUGCCGCAACAAUGUUGAGGACUCUUCGCAAGAUGUGACCCAAGAGUCUGUGAAGUUAAAAGAUUGUCUCUCUGCCAAAAGGUCCUUGCUGCUCAACAUGACCUCAGGUAGCUUGGAGGCCUUUGGAGGAGAAGCAUCCAGAGUUGAGUUUGAAACCUCCGAGUUGGUCUACUGCGUUUCUGACCUCCAGCUGAGCAACCAGAAGCUGCAGGAGGAGGUUAAGAGGUUGAAGCAGGUAGUGGAGGGGAUGGAGGACAGUAACCAGAAGCUGGCCGAGGAGAAUGAGGAGCUGAGGAACCAGGCCAGGAUGCACCAGCAGCUCGCGCAGAAAGAAAAGAUGCUGUACGACGAGGUGGAAGAGAUGAAGGCCACUCUGAGUUGCACAGAGGAGGGACGAGCCCGUGCCUCCGCUCAUGUCAAACACAUGGAGAAAGAAAACCAAAGCUUAAUAGCCAAAAUUGCUUCCCUUCAAGAAGAGAACUUCAAGGUCACCAUGGAGAUGGAUGGAUUCCAGAGAAGAAUCGGCGAGCUACGGAACAUCAAUGCCGACCUCGAGGUGCAGAUUCAUUCGUUUGAUGGCGUGAUCAGUGAUAAGGACUCUCAGAUUCAAGAGAAAAACCGACAGAUAACUGAGUUGAAUGCAGCAGUGGAGGAGUAUACCUCGCUGACAGAGCUGCUGCGGGCGGACAAGAGCAGACUUGAGAACCAGAUGCAGAUGUUGUACCCUGAACUGGCUGCUGGACUUUCUCUGUCGGUGGCCUACAGGUUGAACCACAGUACAUCCGGAUCCCUUCAGACAGAGCUGGCUCUUGCCCAGCUGCCACCAGAGACAUCCCAUGAAUCAGAGCAUUUGUCAACCACCAUGAGCUUUGCCUCACCGCUGGAUGAGACCUUGGACAAAGAAGUUCUGCUGAUGUUGCAUGGGCCCAACCCUGAACACAUGGCUCUCGAGUUCAAGAACCUGCUCAACAAGAUGAAAAGCGAAUUCAACGAAGAAGCCAGCACUGUCUUGUCAACUCUGAGAGUCAUUCAUCAGCCCGACGGCAACAAUGAAACCGGACUUCAGACUCUUCAGGCUGAGUUGGAUGCCAGGAGGAGCAACUGGGCCCAGAGCCUGGACCAGUUGGCUCAGUACACGGAUUCUCUGGAGAAGGAGCUGAUCAAAAUGGCCAGUAAUAUGAGGAGGUCCAGGACAGAGAUGCUGCACCUGUCCGUCAGGGUGCAGGAGCAGGAGAACCAGAAGCGGCAGCUGUCAGAGGAGCUGGAGCAGCUGAAGACACCUCAAGAAAGCAGGGAGGCCUCCUGCCAGACCCCUUUGCCAGAGGAGGAGAUAGAUGAUUUGGACUGGGAUGAGGAGUUUGCCCUUCAAGACUUUCUGAAGAGUCAAGUUGCUGAGACAAACUGUCGUGAGAGGAGAGCUGACAGCAGGUCAGAAGACAGACUAGAUAAAGUGACUGAAGGAGAAGAGAAGUGGACAGUGGUGGACGGAACCGUUGACCGAGAAGCGAGGGACACAUCCACUCCUCUGUCUGUCCUCACAAGGGAUCCUGGAGAAAGUCCAGUCAGAGCAGGGGACAACAACUCAGAGGUCGAUGAUCAACCCGGACAGAGCGAAGCGUCAGUACCAGCACUCGCCCCCGCACAAGCUGUCAGUGAUGCUCCCACUGAAGUGUUAAUGCUCACACAUCCGUCCCACUCAGAGGACUCCACACAGGCUGAGACUUGUGAUGCGACAGUGGUGUCAUCUGAGGGGUCGAACCCAAAUCUGAGCUGUUCGACAGUCCAGAACUCAACACCGAGUCCGGCCACGAGCCUGGCUGCAGAGGUGGUUCCUCCCAGCAGCAUGCAAGGUGAACCACAUGAGAGCCAAAGUGAGAGCAGCCAACUGACUAGUGGACUGGAGGUACAAGAGGAGAAGAAAGACUGCACAGUCGAGCCAUCACUCGCUGACAUGAGCCGCGCUAAGAGUCUGAGCCAGGACCCUCAUCUGGAUAGAUCUGCAGCAGAGGACAGCAUCAAUUUGCUUCCAGUGGUGAUGGAAGAGGAGGACAGUGUCCAGGGCACUGGAGCGGAUUCUUCAGCCAUCGUUUCCAAGAUGGAAGGAUCUGACCCCCAAACCGGCAGUGGGGCAACCAUCCUGCCUGGUGAAAGUUCAACAUCAGCUGGUGAACGAGGCAGCGGGACUUCUGACAAGGAUGCCUCAUCAACGGCCACGCUUGAUUCAACCCCUGGCAAACAGACAAUGUCGCCAAACAAGGAAGGCCCAAAGAUGCAGGGGGACCUCAGUGAAACCAGCGUGACUUCAGAAAAGGAAUCUGAGGUGGCAGUGAUUUCCGACCCUGGGGAAAACUUCAGAGAAGACAAAAGCGGCCUUUCAGCUAAUGAAAAGGAGAUUGAGACGGAGUUCCAGCGGCUGGCUCUUGGCUUCAAGUGUGACAUGUUCACACUGGAGAAGAGACUCCGUCUGGAGGAACGGUCACGUGAUCUGGCCGAGGAGAACGUCCGCAGGGAGGUGUCCAGUUGCCAGGGUCUUCUCCAGGCUCUGAUUCCUCUGUGUGAGGACGACAACCAGUCUAUGGAGAUCAUCCAGAGGCUCCAGAAGAAUCUGGACAUCCUCACCCAGUCUAUGACUAGAGUGUCCAGUCGCUCUGAGAUGCUGGGGGCCAUCCAUCAGGAGAGUCGAAUUGGAAAAGCGGUGGAGGUGAUGAUCCAGCAUGUGGAGAACCUGAGGCGAAUGUACACCAAGGAGCACGCCGAACUGCUGGAGCUGCGAGAGACACUGAUGCAGAACGAGCGCUCAUUCGGAUCACACACAGAAAGAGAUGACUUCCGUGCCAAGAAACAAUCUGCGUCUCAAUACUACAAGUCGUCAUCGCGGCGAGUUAGCAUUGCAGCCUUGCCUCGCUCCAGUGGAGGAAACAUGCACUUUGACAUUUCCAAAACUCAAGACGGUGCUGACGGGGAAUCUGAAAGACUCACCAGGCGGUCUCCAUGGACGAUGAGUGGGAAGAACUCCGCUCGUCCUCCACUAAAACGGUUUGUUAGCUCGGCCGCCUGGGUUGAGAGCGAGGAUCCCUCCCUUAUGAUGAAGGGGACUCCAGCUGAGGAGGAGCGGAAGGAGGAGCUGGUGGCAGAGAGGAGGAGGUCCAGCCUCAGUGAGCUGGGAAACAAACUCACCUCCCUCAUGCUGCCGUUCAAAACUCCUGGUUCUUCAUCCAGUCCCACAUCCACCGAUGCAGGACUGUCCCAGUCUCUGGUCCACGGUCUGUCGACGUCCAGGACCGCCUCAGCGGCUGCAGUGGCCAGAGGCAGCAGGGGGGUCUGGCUGUGGUUGGCUAUGGUGCUGCUGCUGGCAGGUCUGCUGGCUCUUCUGGCUGGGCUGAUGAUGCAGCCGGCCGUGGACGCGGCUCCAGUAGGUACGGGAGACUCCUGGAUGACCAUCCAGCAGCUGCUGUGGCCCUACACUGGACUGAGACAUCACGGGCAGCCCCCCGUCUAGAGCUCGUGGUGCGUCAGAACCUGCUGUUUACUGGUGCCUGAAGAUACUUGGACUCGGGCAGGUCCCACUUCAGGGGGGUCGGGAAACCCAUCCGGGGCUUUUAUGCAUCACGUUUGCUGAACUAGUUAGUCAGAGAGAGAUCUUAAAUGAGCGGGAGUUUUUAAUGUGUAGAAUCAGGUUUGACGCACUUGACACACUGAUUGAUCAUGUGACCGGUUCUCCUUCGACGGGCAUCAUGGACACUUUUUAAACACCGUUUUUUGCACUUGAAAAUCCACAAGGACACCAGGAGGUCUUUUAAGCGCCACUUCCUCUUUGUGGAGGAUAUUUUAUAAAUGGAGUCUUAACACUGGUCAUGAAUCUAAAUACAUACAUAUAUAUAUAUUUAUGUUUGUGUGAGAGGGGGAGUGUCAUUUUUAAAUCGGUCGGAACACCAAAGUUUUUGUUUUUUGUUUUGUUUUUUUUAAUCUGUUUUUGCCGUGUUUGUCACCAUUUUCAACUUGCUACACUUUUGUACGUCCCAAAGGCAGAGUGUGAAUAAAUAAAGUAGUCGACUGGACAACGUGGCUGUGUCGGGCCCUGAUUUC